AAUAAAUAAAUUUAUUAAUAUUUGUUUUUUUUCUAUUUAUAACUUACCUACUAAUCUUUUUUUUUUUUUUAUAUAUUAAUUUUAUUUAUAGAAAAAUAAAUUACCUUUUUUUUCAAAUAAAAAAAAAAAAUUAUUUCAUAUUAAAAAAAAAAUAAAAUAAAAUAAAUAAAAAAAAAAUUAAAAUACUCUAAUCUAUAUUUAUUUAAAUAUUCUAUUAUCUUUUUUAUUUAAUUUCUUUUUUUCUAAUUUUUUUUAAAAAUCAUAUACAAAAAAAAAAUAAAAAAAAAAUAAAGUAAUUUCCCUUUUUUUUAUAAUAAUACAUAAAUAAUAGUAAUAGUAUAAAAUAAUAUAUAAUAAUAUAAUAAUAUAAUAAUAUAAUAUAAUAAUACAAUAUAAUAAAUAUAUAAUAAAAUAUGGCAACUACAACAGAUAUAAAAUUUAAUGUUGUUGCAGGAUCAACUCCAUUUGUAAAAUCAAAAGAAUCAAGUGGUAAAAUUUUUAAAGAAUGCACAAAAAAAGAAAAAGAAUUUUAUGAAAAUUUAUCAGAUGAUAACUCACUUUCAAAAUUAAUACCAAAAUUUUUUGGCACAGCAAUGAAAGAUGGCAAAGAGUAUAUUAUAUUAGAAGAUUUAACCAAUGGAUACAACAAACCAAAUAUAAUGGAUAUUAAAUUAGGAUUAUCACACCAUGAUGUCGAUUUAGAGGAGAUUUACAGCAAACCAAAUGAUUCAGAUGACCCCAAUGUUAAUUUUGAAACAUUAAAACAACAAGCCAAUAUGUCGUUACAUAAAGAACUCUAUCAAUCAUGGUUAGUUUCAAAAUAUAUUACAACACCAAAAUUAGGAUUCUGUGUUUGUGGUUCCCAAAGAUAUAAUCUCUCUUCAAAUCAAGUUGAAAAGAAUCAAAAAGAACAAGGUAGACUAUUAACAGAGGUUACUGUCAAAGAAAAACUUUAUGAAUUUUUUUCAAAUGGCUAUGAAUUUAGAAAUGAUAUAAUUGAACCAAUGAUUGAAAGAUUAUCAUUAUUUAAACAAUAUUUUGAAAACAAUCCCGAUUAUAGAUUUAGAUCAACAUCAAUUCUAUUUAUAUAUGAAGGUGAUAAUAACAGUAAAAAUAGAUGUGAUAUUAGAUUAAUAGAUUUCACCCACACCAAACUUUAUCCACCCCACUUGAAAGCACACUCAUCCAAACUAUCACAUUAUAAAUCAAUUGAUAUAAAUAAUAUUGAUGAUAACAGCGAUGCUACAUUCUUUCCAAUCGAUGGUGGUUAUCUAUUUGGUAUCACAAAUUUGUUAAAAAUUUUAUUAUCUUUAAAAAAUAAACUCUCUCAUCAACAACAAUCAACACAAUCGACACAAAAUCAAACUCAACCACAACAAUAAAAAAAAAGCAAAAAAGAAAAAGGAAAAAUGCAUAUACAAAUAAAACACAUAUACAUAAAUCCAAAUAUAUAUAUAUGUUUAUGUAAUUAAACAAAUAAAUAAAUAAGUAAUAUUAAUUUUAGUAAAAU